UCGAAUCAUAAUCGAUGAGUUAAAAGCUGGCAUCCCCGGUGUCCAAAUGUUUUUUUUUUUCAAUAAUAUUUUCACUGAAAAUUUAUUUCAUUUAAAAUUAAAAAUAAAAGAAAACAAAUAGUCAAUGGCAGUCAAUAUGUCAGUCAGAAGUCGACCCUCUAUACAUGAAAAAGUUUUAAAUGUCAAUAUCACGUUAAGCGAAACCAAUUAUAAAGCAACGUCACAAGAAAACGGGGAGUCCCACUCGCAAUCUGAGGAAUCUAAUAUCGAAUCGGGAACAAAAUGCGAGGAUAACAUGAAAGAUGAAUCCCCUAAAGGGAUGCCACAAAUAGGUAGGACAUCCGCAAAGACCCGCAAGUCGCCAUCUCCAAGCAAAGUAUCUGAAAUUGCCUCCAACAAUUUGGACCAGGAACAUACAAAUACUGGGAUUUUACCUUCAGUUGUUACUAAUCGAUCGGUUAUUGUUGCUGUAGCUGCUGUGUGUGUAUAUAUUGCAUAUGGCCAGUUCAAUUCUGAAAAAACGUGCUCCUUUAAGGAGCUUAAAGUGAAGUAUCCACAAUUGGGUAAUAAAGUAUGGCAUACACUUCAAUUUGGAAUCGAGCCCAUUUUAAAUAAGAAAGAAAGAAAUGCUGCCGUUUACCUGUUUGCUCACCACGGCGGAAUUACUGCACAAGAAGUCAUUAAGGAAAUUGCAUCUUAUACAUCUGGAUGUUACGGUAACAGUCUUGUUGAAAUGGAAAAGAAUGAUUUCACAUCUUCGGAGGCAAAAAAAGAUUAUGGCCAUGCUAUCGAGAAAUACAAAAUGAAAAUCAAAGAAGGAAAAGUUGUAUUGAUAGCCAAUCUAAAUGAGAUUCCAGCGGAAGUAGCCAAAGCAUUUCAUUCUAUAUGUGAUGUCUACAGUCCAAUUGCGCCUGACGUCGUCAUUUUCUUAACUUUGAGGAUUCCGGCAGUGGAGAAUGAAUGCGUCGAUGCUAUUGUAGAAGAUACAUUGAACGAGUUGUGGGGUUCCAAAUUAUUAUACAACGAACUGGACCCUUUAAUUACACGUGUUACAGACCAGGUUAUACUUUUGAAAAUUUGAUUAUUUCGUUUCUGUUUUUUGUAUGCCUCAAAGGAAUUACGAAUAAAUUGUUUAGUAUAUAGAUUGUCCCCAAAGACAAAACUUA